AUUGAUUCAGAGGGCGCUCGGCACAUUACGAUUUCGCGAAUGAGUUUUGGGCCAGCUGGGUUUGUGUAAUAAAAAAAAAGAGAAAGAAAAGAAAACUGUCACAAUUUUUCCACACAUUUCGCUUUGAGAACAAAAAUCAUUGAAUUUAUUGAGUUUUUCCCGCAUUUCCGAAAGGAAAAUGUUGAAAUCACGUGCCAGUAGUUCCAAUCAUAAGAAAUACCAUGCAAAACCACAGCCAAAGGUUGAAGAAAUCACUGAAGAUGAAAUCGCACAAUUCGUCACGGAGGACGGACUUCCAAUUUAUACGCUGUACGUGAGUGGCUUCAAGAACUACCUGCACCCCGUAACGGUUCAAACACUAAUGCACAGCUUCCAAGCUGAUGGACCAAUAAAGAAGGUCGUUAUUCACGAUGCAAAGGUACCCUAUGCCUUUGUAACGUUUGCAGAUGUGAAGAGUGCCCUCAUGGCGAAGCGAACACACCAUUUCUUCAAUGGGAAGAAACUCAUCCUCCGUCCGGCAGAUAGUUGGCAUCAGCCGGAAGAUAAUCGUGAAGCGUCUGAGAGUGAAGAAGAAAUCGACAUGUACCAGUCGAUACUGAAGCUCAAUGAUGACUGUCUCUACUGCGUCCUGUCGUACUUCAAUCUCCGCGAAUUAAUUGUAAUUGAAAAGGUAUGCCGGAGGUUCCAGGCUGUUGUACAGCGCAUCUACAAAACCUACAGGACGCUGGAUUUCGAUAAGCUCGCCGAUACGAGUCAACUCACACUGAUGGAGGUGCGAAAUAUCACCCGGCGAAUGGGUGCACAUGUGGUCACAUUGAAAGCCACCGCAACGUCAUUCCGGACCAUCAAUCCGCGCAUAAUUGUCACAAUUCUGCGGCACUGCCGCAAUCUCCAGAGUAUCCACCUCGAGGGCUUCAAUAUGAGCAGCAUGCUAGCCCUGCGGGAGCUUUCGCAGACCUGUGGAAAUCUGAAGGUCUUCCAAUUGCCCAAUUGCAGUGUAACAGAUGAAAUUGUGACGUGCCUGCACAAUGCGAGGGAACUGGAGACGUUGAGUUUGGCCGAGAAUUCGGGCAUCAUUGGGAAAUGUCUCACGGGUCUGAGGAAGAUCAAGGAGAUUAAUUUGAGCAGCUGCCCGAAUCUUCAACCAUCCUACUUUAUGCAGUUCUGUGAACGCAAUCCCGAACUGAAGAGCCUAAAUAUAAUUCGCUGUGAUAAAAUCAAUCACAUCUGCCUGGAAACAAUGGCGAGGCAUCUCAAGAGUCUCGAAAGUCUCAUGAUAUGCAAUUCCUAUGCGAGUGUCACCCCUGCGGAUUACGUGGUGCUCGUGGAUAUGCCCAAUUUGACACAUCUCCAGAUCAGCUACAAUAAUUACCUCAAUGUGGACACAUUCCUCGCGAAACUCGCUGAUCUCAAUCGCCUGGAUUAUCUGGACAUUUCGGGGGGUCACAUUACGCGGAACACCCUGCGGGCACUCACAAACUUCCGGAAGUUGCGUGUGCUGAAGCUGAACUACAAGAUUGAGUGCGUGGAUGACACACUGGCGCAAAUUUCAUCCAAUGAAACCAUCCAGGAGCUUCACAUUGUCAGCUGUACCAGUAUCACCAAUGAGGGUUUAGUUGCCUUCAUCCGUAAAUGCCGGCAACUGAGGCACAUCAACAUGUCCGGAUGCUACGGCAUCACCAAUGAUCUCGUCAUCAACAUCCUCCCCCAUCUUGCUGAGAGGCCGGAAAUUCUCGAGCUUGUCGUUGGGGGUACACAGAUCACGAUCGGCGUUGAGGAGCACGUGAAUGCCCAUGAGAAUCCAAAGCUCAAGCUUGAUUACACGAACACCGCAGAAGCCUUCGGGGCGAUUGAUAUCUGGGAAGACAUGCUCUACGGAGAUGAUCUGCUGGACAUGGAAGAUAUCGACGAUGAAGACUUAGAUGAUGAUGCUUAUGCAUUCUUCCACUAUGAAAAUGGCUACGACUCCGAAUUUGAUGAGGAUGAACUUUUUGUCUAGGAGACACCCUUAAAAAUACUUUUCUUUUGGAUCAACUACAGGACGCAAAAAAUGCGAAUUCCUCUGAAAUUUAAAGUUCUUUUCCCUUGAUUUUUUUUCCUUUUUCUUCUUCAAUUAAUGAAUCUCGAAUUUUGCGAUUUCUUUUGUAGGAGUCAUGAGAAUAUUUUGAAUAAAUUAAACUCUGUGAAAUGCA